UAUGAACCCCAAUACAAGUCUGUUGGAAAAGGCAGCUGCAACAAUGUAGUAGUCACCAGCAGUCCUAUGACAGUUCAACAGCUGGGACCUGUUUCACCUCCUGCUAAUCAAGUUUCAACAGCAUGCAACCAGAUCAGCCCUAGCUUACAGAGGCCUAUGGAUGAUGCUUCCAGCUUGAAUCCUUCUCCAUCAGACACAAGGUCACUCUUGUCAUGUGAGUCUCUGGCCUCCACAAUGUUAAGCUUGUCAGAAAGUCAGUCUGCUUUGAGUGUUAAGCAAGAGUGGUUGCAUGGGUACAGGACACUUCCUUCUCUUCCUCCUGACCAAGGUUUACAAAGUGACAGUGAGCUGGGAGACUUACUAAAUUUUUCACCUGAAACAUCUGUGUCCAAUAACUGCGUUUCUAACUCGUUACCGUCCUUCUUAUAUGGCAUGGAAAAUAACCAUUCCCCUUGUGCUAGUUCUCACCAUUCCUCAGCCCGGUCUCAAACAGCCUACUCCAAAAAGAGAGCACUGUCUCUGUCUCCUCUGUCUGACAGCAUUGGGAUUGACUUCAACACGAUCAUCCGUACAUCCCCAACCUCUCUGGUGGCCUACAUCAACAGCUCCAGGACAUCACCAGCAAAUGUCUCCUCACAGACGGAGGUCUAUGGACAUUUUUUGGGAGUGAGAGGAAGCUGUAUACCCCAAAAUUGUUCUAUUCCAACUGCCCAGAAAGGCCUUCUCAUGGCUACUGGCAACAUCACGUUCCCAGGGUACGUUGAGAAUGGGGGUGGUGAAUACCAGCGGAUGCAGCAGGUGGAGCAAGCUGUCCUGCCGCCGGCCACCACAAGUAACAUGGUGAUCCAGCAGAGCAUACUGCCCACGGACAGCCAGGCAGUGCACGUUCUGAAAUAUGAACAGCCAGAUGGCUUCCCAGGCCAUACAGUCGACAUGCCUCCUCCACCCCUCCUGCCGCCACCUCUUCCACAAGGGCCACCCCCACCGUACCAUGCUCACCAGCGCCGGCAUCCACACAGCCUCCCCAGUCACACUGACCCACCACCUGUGCCUCCGUCUGCCCCAGGCUCCCUGCUUGACGAAGACAGUGAGCUGGAUGAUUUCAGUGGCAAGCAUGGCUGUCGCUGGGGUGACUGUGGUGUGCUGUAUGACCACCAAGAGGAACUUGUGCAGCACAUAGAGAAGAUCCAUAUAGACCAAAGGAAAGGAGAGGACUUCACUUGUUUCUGGGCAGGGUGCCCACGGAGGUACAAGCCAUUUAAUGCCCGUUAUAAACUGCUGAUUCACAUGAGAGUCCACUCAGGAGAGAAGCCGAACAAAUGCACA